UAUCUGUAAUUCCACGCCCCAGUGCGCCUCUUUUAAUUAUUACAAAGUGCUUUGGCGCGUGCAAAAAAAUCACCGCGCACACACCACCAUCGUGAUUAUCUUAAAUAAAACCCAUUCCCUAAAUAAGAUUCACAAUAAUCGCAGUGAUUCAGCCGCAGAGUUAACGAAGAACGCCAACACUUCACGUAUAUACCUUUCCCAAUUGAUGAUAUUCCGAUCAUUGAAAUUGGCCAUUUUUUUUUUUUAACGAUAAAUUUGGAAAAUUUCAAAAAGAACUGAAAAACUACGCUGCUAAAAUUCAACCUCGCGAUACGCUCGUCGCGUUCAUCUCUUUACGCGUCCCUAUCAGCGAGGUAAGAUGUCGGAAACUGAAGUUACGCCUUCAGUACCCGAUUCCGAGGAAGUUUCGGCAGAUACAGAUGAUCAUCCUGAAAAACCAGAGAAUGAAAACGAGGAUGAUAACGGGGAAAAGGAAGAGCUGAAAUCUCCGGAAAGGAAAGAAGAAACGAAACCAACUGAACCAGAAAUUGAAUCUGCUAAAGCGAAUAAUAAGAAAGAAGCGGAUAAGAAAUCGAGCGAUGCUGAAACUCCAAGUUCUGCUGCAGUUAAGACAACGGUCGCGUCCGAACAAAGUAGUAAACCCGCACCUAAGAAGCCCAUGUCGCCAUUUGCUAAGUUUCGUCAACUUGAUCGGCAGAAUAGUGCUCCUCGUACGCCAAGCACACCUAAAUCACCUGGGAAGGACUUUCAAUUUAAGUUCACUGACCCCGUGGUACAAAAUAAUGCCGUCCUCAUAAAGGAAAGACUUUUGGCAUGGUGUCGAGCAAAGACCAAGGAAUAUGAGAACGUUCAACUUGAUAACUUCUCUACAAGCUGGAAUAAUGGACUCGCGUUCUGUGCACUGCUUCAUCAUUUCAGACCUGACGCUUUUGAUUACCAUAGUCUCCGCAAAGAGGAACGUAGGAAGAAUUUCGAAUUGGCUUUUACCAAAGCAGACGAAGUAGCAGGGAUUGCUCCACUGUUGGAUGUUGAAGAUAUGGUGAUAAUGCAAAAACCGGACUGGAAAUGUGUUUUUACUUACGUUCAGUCUAUCUAUCGUCGCUUCAAAGAUGAGGAUUGAUAAUUCUUCUAACUAUCGUUGUUUUGUUAUAAAAUUUUUGUUACUUAUCUUUAUAAACGCAUAUUUUAUUUAUAUACUAUUUUUGUGAUUAAUAACGUGCAAUAGUAUUAUUAACUGCAGGUCUCUAUGCUGAUUUAAAAUGAACUUUAUAAUUUUUAUAUUCCGGGCAUCUAACUCUGUACUGUCAAGAUAUUAUAAUAUAAAUUUGUACGUUUACAAAAGUCA